AUGAGCGGAAAUCCAACGUCCCGGCGCCGCGGCCCGGAGACCCGACACGGAUCGCUGUCCACCGCGACGCUGUUGUGCCUGUCGACCGUGGUGACCAUCAUGAUGGUGGGACCAGGUAAGCGUUUAUAACGACACCAUAUUAUACCGAGUACCGUUCGAUAAGAUCGGGAGAGAAAUGGGGGCGGGGGGUGGGCGACCGGAAUAGCGGACGUUUCGCAGGCAGGUAAGUAUUCGGAAAACGGGGAAUUUAAUCUUAAAAUAUUUGCCAGAGAAACUUUUACGGUAGUAUCUGUAAAUAGUAUACAUUACUAAAUAGAUUUAAGGAGGUGACGGUUCGAGCGUACGUCGGUACGGUUCGUUCGCGGCGUUUCUGCGACAAAAAUAUUUCGAAGAUUCGUACGAUCCGACGGAUUUCGGAAAACCUCGGGCCCGCGACUCUGGUUCUUCGGCGACGCGAAACGUAUACGAAACAGACGAAAAGGCGUCGCCCCGAGGAAAAAAAUAG